CCCUCUCUUAUCUGCCUCUAACUCCGAAUCCCCCUUCUUUUAACCCUAUCCCUGAACACCUGGAACUUACCCAAACCUUCAGAUCCACAGAGCAUUCGGCCCCUAACAAUUUUCUGUGCAUCCCUCUCUUAUAGAAUCAUAGAAUACUGACAGCAUUGGCUUGUUGAGUCAAUGAGUGUGUCAGCACAUGCAAUUUAGCUGCCCCCAGUCCCUCCCUCCCUCCCCCCCAUCUUUUUCCUCUUUGUAUGCUAAUUAAAUAUAAUUCAGAAAACCACACUGAAUCUGCCUCUACUACAUUUAGGCAGAGCAUUCCAACUCCUAACCACUCACUGUAUAAAAUGUUCAUUCUCAUCCUGUCUUUGGUUCUUUUUGCAUCCAUCCUAAGGUGGUUCCCUGUGGUUUUCCUCCCUUCCAUCACUUUUUUCUGUAUUCUUCACAGUUUUGAAUAUCUCGAUCAAACCUUCUCAGAACCUUUUCUUUAUCGAGGAAAUAUGAUUUACCAAUCUCUUCCUAUAACUGAACGGGCUGGAAACCCUCCUCAGUUCUCUAGAAAGUCACCACUUCCUUCCCAAGUAUCAGAUCUUGAAUUGGACGUGCCACUCCAUUGAGGUCACUGUAAGUUUCAUACAGGAUCACCAUAACUUUGUUAAUUUUGUACCCUAUGCCUCUGUAAAGCCCAGAAUCCUGUAUCCUUUUUUUUAAUAACCACUUUCUCAAACUGCUCUGGCCAUGUCCAGUCAUGUGUGCUCAUACACAUCCAGGUCCCUCUGCUCCACCACUCCCUUUCCAAUUUUUUCUCUCAUUUAUAUUGCCUUUCCUCACAUGUCCUACCAAUUAUAUUUUCCAUAUGUCUGCCCAACCCACUAGUCUGUCCCUGUUCCCCUGAAGUCUCUCACUAUCACCUUCACAGUUGACUACUUCCAAGUUUUAUGUCAUCUUCAUAUUUUAGAAUUACAUGUUCUGCCCCCAAGUCUACUUCUUUAAUGUGGGUAGGGAAAAAAAACUAGUCUUAAUACCAGCUCCUGAGAUAUCUCUACUAAAUGCAAUCCUCCAAUUCAAGAAACAUCUGUUCACCACCUACUUAGCACUAGAAUCUAAGAACCAGGAGCUGGGGUAGACCAAACAGCAUAUUGAGCCUGCUCCACAACCAUAAUAAUUUUGGAUGAUCUUUGGCUCAAACUUCACUUUCCGCCUCACUUUCCAUAACCGUUAAUUUACUAAGACGCCAAAAAUCUGCCUAUCUGAAGUAAAUUUAAUGAUGAAGCAUCCAUAACUCAUUAAGGUAAAGACUUUCCAACUCUUGAAUGAAGAAUUUCUUGUCAUCUUAAUUGUAAAUGAUCAUCCCGUUAUGCUGUGAUUGCAUCCCCAUGUUCUGGAUUCCCCUUAAGGAAACCACCUCUGCAUAUAUUAUAUAUAUAAUAACCCCUUCUGAAUCUUAUAUGUUUCAAUGAGUUCACCUCUCAUUCUUCCAAACUCCAAAGGAAAUGGCCCCAGUGUAACUUAACUUAUCAUCAUAGGAUAAUCUUCUCAUUCCAAGCACCAGUGCUGUGUAUCUUUGCUAUGUUACCCCCAGUGCACAUAUAUCCUUGCUUUAGUAUGGUCAGCAAAACUGCACAGUGUUCCAGGUGUGAUCUGCUCUACUGGUCACAGCUUGUUAAUUUGAAACUGCUGCACUUACCCGUGGUCUUUGCUUCCUGUCCAUUAAUGAAUCCUCUAUCCAUGCUAAUAUAUUAUUCAACUGCCAUGAAGCAUUAUUGAACAAUUUUUUGUGCGGUAGCUCAUCAAAGCACUUUUGGAAAUUCUGCAUCUAAUGCUUCUCUGUUAUCAAUCCUACAAGUUAUAACUUGAAAAAUACAAAUACAUUUGUCAGACCGAGUUUCCUUUUGGUUACUUGAUCUCAUUGUGCUUAUCUAAGACUUCCUAAAAGAUAGAUUCCAGUGCUUUCUUGUUGAAUAAUAUCAUGCUAACUGGCCUGUACUUGGUGCUUUUUCACUCCAUUCUUUUUUGAAUCAAAAUGUUUGCUGAUACAAAUGAUCCGUCAAUAAUUGCCAACUGUGCAUGUUCUCUUAUCCUUUUCAUUCUGUGUACGCUCAUAUGCAUGUGCAGUAAAAAAAAGCCAAUUUUUUCAACAAGAAAACUACUUAACACCUUUUUAAAUUAUUUAUUUGAAUGUUUGAGAGUUUGCUGGCUUUCAGUUGCUUGUUUUGUAAGUGUUUGACAUGUAUCACUUUUACUGCGCAUGCUCUUCUGUGUCAGCAGGUCCAGCCUUCUUGAAUGUGGUGUUGGAUUUGCUGGUUCCUAACCUGCUGAAGUCAUUCCAGAUUCUGGGAACUUUUUGAUAACUGUAGUGGAAUAUUUACUAUCUCUGCAGUUAUCCUUUUCAGAAGCCUCCAUGUAGGUUGGCAGGCCCUGGGGAUUCAUAAGCUUUGAAUCCCAUCAGUUGCUUCAAAACAUUUUUCUCUGCUGAUGUGAAUUACCUCAGUUUCCUGAACUUUUUUUUUUGGUCCUUAGUUUAGCCACCUUUUCUGGUAUGUGUCAUCUGUCUUCCAUUGUGAAGGCUGAUAGAAAAUGUUUUUUUCAAUGUCUGCCAUUUCCUCAUGUCCCAUGAUAUUUCUUUCUGUCACACAUUCUAAGGGACCAACGUUUAGUUUAGUUACAGUAUUCCUUUUAUAUCCACAAAACUGUUUACAAUCUUUUAUAUUCCUGGCUCGUUUGCUUUUUUUGCACGUUUCUAUUCCUUUUUAUCCACUGUUUGGUGGUCCUUUUCUGGUUUCUGAAACACUGCAAAUCCUCAGGUUUAUUAUUCAAUGUUUAAGCCUUGUUUUAAUCUAAUACAACUCUUUAACCAGCUGAGGAAAUCAUAGGUGGAUAGUUUGGCUGUGCCUUUGCUUUUCUUAUGAAUGUAAUUUAUGAACAAUUUUGAAUUGUUUUACUGCCAUACCUUUGAAUCUAUUUACCUGUCACUCCUAGUCCGUUCUCCCUCAUAAGUACGUGAAAACAUUUAUUUGACGUUGUUUGAACUCUUUGCUGUCACUUUUUUUUAAAAAGUGAUAGGCUUCAAUUUUUCUGAGAAGCCUUAUGUGUGACACCUCAUCGAACCCCUCUUCCCCACCCCCUCAUAUUGUCACCACCUCUUGCCCCUACCUACCCCCCACACCACUCCUGCCUGCAUCUCUGCCACCAUGGUAUCUUUUACAUCUCUCUGAGAGGAUGUCCAUUCGCAAGAGGACACCUUGGACACUGCAGCUCUUACUCAGUAUUGCACUGUGGUGCCAGUGUAUGUUUCCAAGUCUCUGCAGUGUGACUUGAGCAGACAGCCUUGUGAAUCAGGUUAAUUUUCUACAAGGAUGCUCGGCGUGGGUUUAGAAAAGCUCCCAAAAAAAAUGAGCCCCGAAACGUGGAACCGGACGAAAAGAUUCUGAAGGACUUGGCCUCGCGUGUGAAUCGGACGAGCAAAAGCAGCCUCACCCCAAUGCUGGAUGAGCCCAUCUUAGCUAAAUCAUCACCACGCUCAUUCAGAAGGCUCGUCAGACCCUUUGUGUUUACUGUAGGGUUUACAGGAUCCUCAUUCGGGGUGGCAGCCAUCUGGCAGUAUGAGUCUCUCAAAUCUAGAGUUCAAAGUUACUUCAAUGAGCUCCGAUUGGAUUGGCUGGAAAAGCAUCACCCUCCCAAAGCUGGUGAUAUCAGGAAGCAGGUGAAUCAGUGGUGGAACAGCCUUACUGAGGGGCAGAGGACUGUCACAGGCAUUAUAGCAGCCAAUGCCCUAGUGUUCUGUUUGUGGCGAGUUCCAUCAAUGCAACGGACCAUGGUGAAAUAUUUCACCUCUAAUCCUGCUUCCACGGCGUUGUGCUUACCCAUGGUACUGUCGACCUUCAGUCACUACUCAUUCUUUCACAUGGCAGCAAACAUGUACGUGCUAUGGAGUUUCUCCUCCAGUAUAGUCCAACUUCUCGGGCAAGAGCAGUUCAUGGCUGUCUACCUAUCAGCAGGUGUUAUCUCCACGUUUGCCAGUUAUAUGUACAAAACUGCAACUGGCCGCUUAGGAGCAUCACUUGGAGCUUCUGGUGCAAUAAUGACUGUCCUUGCUGCGGUCUGCUCCAAAAUGCCUGAAGCAAAACUGGCCAUCAUCCUGCUGCCCAUGUUCACCUUCACAGCCAGCAGCGCUCUGAAAGCAAUUAUAGCCAUGGAUACAACUGGCCUGAUUCUGGGAUGGAGGUUUUUCGACCACGCAGCUCACUUGGGUGGUGCAAUCUUUGGAAUUUGGUAUAUCUUUUAUGGACAUGAACUGAUUUGGAAGAACAGAGAGCCUCUGGUGAAGGUGUGGCAUGACAUGAGGACUAAGGGUCCCGGGAGUGGAGGGCGUGGCCCGUCCUAGUCAAAAAGCUGCAAUUUAGAAAGAAAAGUGAUAUCCUCUAUGCUUUGGGACAAGCACAGGAGAGAGACAAUAACUAAACACUGGGUCCCAGCAGAAGUAGGAGUUUACAGCAGGACCCUGAAUUCAGGCAAAGCAACAAGCUGCAGCAAAUUUUUAACUUCUGAAGGAGUGUAUUUAGACUAUUUACAGGACUGUACAGUGAGAAAUAAACAGGAGCAUUUCGAAGAAAA